CGCGAUCACAACAACGCCGGAUCCCUGACAGCUGCUCUCGAGUGUUCACCUUAUAAAACAUGGCUGAGAAGGUGAUUGCGACAAUGGAAGAAAAUCCACCAAAAGUCAACAAAUGGGAUGGGAACGCCUUAAAGAAUGCACUUGAUGAUGCUGUCAAAGAUGUGUUGCUGUCACGAUUCAGCUAUGUGGAGAGUCACAGACUGCUAGACGGACGCUUGUUAAUCUCCUCCAUAGCUGUUGGCUUCUCACUCUUUGCUCUUCUUUGGGAUUGGCUCUAUCCUUUCCCACAGUCUAGAAUGGUAAUGUGUGUUUGUGUGGUGGCCUACUUUAUCAUGAUGGGAGUGCUUACCUGGUACACAACCUAUUUGGAAAGAGGAAUCUUCUGCACAGCCCUUAACAAAGAUGUGGCUGGAAUAGACCCUGACGACGUCUGGAAUGCUUCAUCAUCACUGAAGAGGUUUGACAACAAGUACCACCUGUGCCUUUCGCAAAAGACAGGGAAGAGGCAAGGCAAAGAAGCACGCACUGUCCUCACAGUUGAAAACUUCUUUGAUGAGACUGGAAGGCUUCUGUACGGCUCUGUGGUAAAGGAAGUCCUCCGCCUGCACUCUGAUGUAGAACACAAGAAGAACUAGAAAGGGUCAAGUAAACUAUUUGCUGAAUUACUUAACCUUAUGUGAACUUUGUUACAUAUUUAGAAAGAGACUUAGGUCGUAGUUGGAGCGAUAAGAAUCAGCAGUUUGCAACAGACCAUGUUUCUCCUCACUUUCUACGCUUUUGGUUUAUAAUGUUAUGUUUGGCAACAUAGUUUACAUAUUUUGGUGGAUAUUGAUAAUCUGUGACUCAUGUCAUACUGUAUUUGAGAAAUGUAAGAGGUGAAAGUUAUUUUUUAUUUUAUUUAAUUUCCAUCUAUUCUUCAGAUGAAAGCAUCAUUGUCCUAGAGAGUGGAUGUGCUUUAGUUCCCCAGAUCUGUGAAGCUGUAUGCAUGUAUUCAUUCAAGGUAUCAUGUAAGACAGAUUAGGGUCAAACUGUUCCCAUUAUUUUCUUAUAGAUCAGUGGAAUGAUUUUUAGCAGGAUUUGGUAAAUAAACAUUAAAUGAA